AGGCGGCUACUAGCUACAGGAGCGGGAGACAGGCGUGAUCGCUGGCCGAGCUCUGGCGGCCGCGUUCCCAGCCCGCUGGACCAGGACUCCGGGAAGUCGCGGACCGCCGUCGAGACGUGACCGCACUCCGCGGCGCCGCGAUUCGCCAGCCUGCGGGCUGGACGCCCAGCGGCUUGGCCUCGGACCCUGCGGCGACUGCGCGUCGGCGGGCGCUGGGCGGAGCUCACCCUCCCGGGCCGCCGAUUGGCUACGUGACUUCCCUUUUCACCUUCCUGGCCGCGGUGUUGGGGUGUAGAGAAGCUCGGGCCUAGGGGUCCGCGCUUAGAGGGAUGAGCUUUGCCGUAUCAGUGAGGCGUUAACCUUGUCUGGGGAGUUUGAGCUUCACCAGCCCCCGUUUCCGGAAAUAGUUUGGGUUUCUGUCAUUUUUUCCGUGGAUGAUGGCAUUUAUGUUCGCCUAUCAACGAGUGUUUUGCUGGCCCUUUAAAUGACUUGAGUUUUUUCAGAAACGUUAUCGAUUUCCCCCCCUCGCAGGUGCUUAGAUCCUUCUUUUCCAUGUCAGAUCUUGACGACAGUAUAUGCAAAAAAUAUAUAAGGAUGAUAUCUAAUAUAGUUAUAUUGAGCCUGAUCAUUUGCAUUUCUUUAGUUUUCUGGAUUAUGUCAAUGACUGCAAGCACCUAUUAUGGUAAUUUACGUCCUGUUUCUCCUUGGCGUUGGCUGUUCUCUGUUGUUGUUCCUGUUUUGAUCAUCUCUAAUGGCUUUAAGAAGAAAAGUCUAGAUCACAGUGGGGCUUUAGGAGGGCUGGUGGUUGGAUUUAUCUUAACCAUUGCGAAUUUCAGCUUUUUUACCUCUUUGCUGAUGUUUUUCCUUACUUCCUCAAAACUUACUAAGUGGAAGGGAGAAACAAAGAAACGUAUAGAUUCAGAAUAUAAAGAAGGUGGGCAAAGGAACUGGAUUCAGGUAUUCUGUAAUGGAGCUGUGCCCACAGAGCUUGCCCUGCUGUACAUGAUAGAAAAUGGCCCUGGGGAAAUACCAAUAGAUUUUUCUAAGCAACACACUGCAUCCUGGAUGUGUCUGUCUCUCUUGGCUGCUCUGGCCUCCUCUGCAGGAGACACGUGGGCUUCUGAAGUUGGUACCGUUUUAAGUAAAAGCCCACCAAGACUGAUAACAACUUGGAAGAAAGUUCCAGUUGGCACCAAUGGAGGGGUUACCUUGGUGGGUCUUACCUUUAGUCUCCUUGGUGGUACCUUUGUGGGCAUCGCGUACUUCCUCACACAGUUGGUCUUCGUUAAUGAUUUAGACAUUUCUGCUCCCCAGUGGCCAAUUAUUGCAUUUGGGGGUUUAGCAGGAUUACUUGGAUCAAUUGUGGACUCAUAUUUAGGAGCUACAAUGCAAUUUAGUGGUUUGGAUGAAAGCACUGGCAAGGUAGUCAACAGCCCAAUGAAUGAGGUGAAGCACAUAGCUGGGAAGCCCAUUCUUGAUAACAAUGCAGUGAAUCUGUUUUCUUCUGUUCUUGUUGCCCUCUUACUUCCAACAGCUGCUUGGGGUUUUUGGCCCAGAGAGUGAACUUUUAUUUCAUUUGCAAAAUUUGAAAUUUGUGCGCAGAUCAGCUAAUUUGCGGUUCCCACUUUUAUCCUAAGAAGUAUUAUAAUGACAGAAUGGAAAUGACAGCUAUUCUCAUUGUGAUGGAAUUCCACAUUUUUCCUUCCAUCAACUCCCAUGCAAAAGCUAACAUCUUUCCAGUAAAAGCUAGGAGUAGUUAGAACUUACCCCUAUUCCUCCUCUGCUGGUUGAGCGUCUUGAACAAGGAAGCAUAAUGUCCUUUUAUAUUGGUAUGUAUUGAAUCAAAGUUCCUACUUGGUGUAUAUAGGUUGUUUUGUUUGUAAAUUAGUGUAGAGAUUAAAAGUGGUAAAGAUGUUUAAAUGGUUCUCACUUGGGCAGAGAAAUGCUGCUGGACCUGUUACCCAAAUGCUGUCUCUACAUUAAGUGGUUUAAACAGAUGUGCUGUGCAUGGAAGCCUGAAUAAGAACAGCAUCCUGGAUGUCUCCUAUUACAUGCCAUUUACAAUUGUGGAAAGUGUGGGGUUUGGUUCCUAAGUGAGCCAUGAGGUCUUCUCCACAUUUGUUCUUCCUCAGGGUUAGUGAUGAAAAAAUAAAUGUCUUUUUCAUAAGACCAUUAAAAGCAUUUAAAAAAUAUUUUUAAAUAAAAGCAAAAUAAAUUUAUCUUGUCUCUAAAAAUGUGCAACUUAUAUGUAUUUCAUUUGAUCUUUGAGCAGAAAUGACCUGAUAUUUAAUAUUUUAAAAAAAUUUUUUUUUUCGGAAAUCUUGAUUGAUAUAUUGGCCUUGUAGACAGCUAAAGAGUCACUGGAAAAUUAUUGUAACUUUUAAAAUUGUGGUCCUAGAAUGUAUUGGAAGAAUAAGUGCUUUCCUAUUAUGUACCUUUUAAAUUACUCUCCUUUACAUUAGAACCUCAACAAAAGUGAAUUCUGUGUUUCAAUUUGUUCUUUAUGAUGUACUGUAUAUAAAGGAGUUUGAUAUGUUUAUUUUUUCUAAAAAGAUUAUUUUCCUAAACAUUUUGAAAUAUUUCUCAUGUGAUUUUCUUACCUUUCUUCUCUUUGUCCCUUUUGAAUUCUUGUGAAAUUGGUGAGAGAUUCCAUGAAUAGGCUAGGCCAUUAGAGUGAAUAAAGUUUAGAUUUUUUUUUUUUUAUAACUACAGUGAUGAUAUAGAACUGACUUGCUUAGGAAGGAAAAACAAAAAACAGUUUAUACCCUUAAUCCUUAAAUCAAGCAAAUCUGAGUCUCAACCAUUGGUUCCCAAGUUUGAUGUACAUUGGAAUCACCUGAGUAGCUUUUAAAAGCAAAACUUAAAUGUGGGGCCUUCCUGGUGGUGCAAGGGGUUAAGUCUCAGCACUAUCAAGCUAUC